CAGACAUCUUUGACAGAAAGGCGAGAACCAACCAACAUCAAAAACACACACACAAACACAUACUAUUUCUUCCAAUUUUUACACAAAUUCACCUGAAAUUCCACCGCCGAUCACUUUCCGCCGCCCCAUUCCGUCAUCCGCCACCUCCAAUUCUCCCAAUUUCCAACACUUUACGUCUCAAUUCCACUUCAAUUAAGCAUCUCAAUGACGGAAUUCUUAUUCUAGGGUUUCUGAAAAUCCUCUCCCUUUUCUGAAUUUUGAGCUGGAUACAGGAGGGGAGAUAUAUAUAUAUAUAGAUAGAUAGAUAUAGAAAUAUAAAAAGAUGUCUCGGCAAGCUACAACGACGGCGUUUCAUAAAUCCAAAACCCUAGACAAUAAAUAUAUGCUUGGAGAUGAGAUAGGGAAAGGAGCAUAUGGCAGAGUUUACAAGGGUUUGGACUUGGAGAAUGGAGAUUUUGUUGCAAUUAAACAAGUUUCUUUGGAGAAUAUAGCACAGGAGGAUCUUAACAUCAUCAUGCAAGAGAUUGACUUACUUAAGAAUCUGAACCACAAAAAUAUAGUUAAAUAUCUUGGAUCCUUAAAGACAAAGACCCAUCUUCAUAUAAUUCUUGAGUAUGUGGAGAAUGGCUCACUUGCAAACAUUAUCAAGCCAAACAAAUUUGGGCCAUUUCCUGAAUCAUUGGUGGCUGUAUAUAUAGCUCAGGUUUUGGAAGGCUUGGUGUAUUUACAUGAACAAGGGGUUAUUCAUCGAGAUAUUAAAGGUGCAAAUAUCCUGACCACUAAAGAGGGUUUAGUAAAACUAGCAGAUUUUGGAGUUGCCACAAAGCUAACAGAAGCCGAUGUUAAUACACAUUCAGUUGUUGGCACGCCUUACUGGAUGGCUCCUGAGGUAAUUGAAAUGUCAGGAGUUUGUGCUGCAUCUGAUAUAUGGAGUGUUGGUUGUACUGUGAUCGAGCUACUUACAUGUGUACCUCCUUACUAUGAUCUUCAACCCAUGCCGGCUCUCUUUAGGAUUGUUCAGGAUGAGAAUCCUCCAAUACCAGAUAGCUUGUCACCUGGCAUCACAGAUUUUCUACGGCAGUGCUUUAAAAAAGAUGCUAGGUUGAGACCCGAUGCAAAGACACUGCUUUCUCAUCCUUGGAUACAAAAUUCAAGGCGUGUGGUAUUGCAGUCUUCACUCCGGCAUAGUGGUACACUGAGAAAUAUAGAAGAUGAUGGUUCAGUGAGUGUGAAAAGUUCAAAUGCGGAUGAACUAAACAGUGUUGAGAGCCUCUCUGCAGAGAAAGUCAAAGAAAACAAAACAGAGUUGUUAUUAGCUGAGGCUACUCUUGCUGGCAAGUCGUAUGAGGAACAUGAUUCAAUUGUUGAGGAAAUAGUAGACGUUUCUGAAGAUGACGUGUCUGCAGAUCAAGUUGCCACGUUAGCUAUUCACGAAAUAUCACCAGUAGAAUCCUCAUCUGCUAACAAAGAAGUAGCUAAUAAAGCAGAGGUCUAUGUGCCAGUAGAAUUGGAUGCUACUGAGGUAUUUAUAGCAAAUGCUGAAGCUGGAUCUUCAGAGUCAAAGUCAAAAACCACAGUUGAUAAAAAGUUAAAAGAAAAUGGAAGUUCUGUUACUACAGAUGGCAGCCCACAUAAUUCUGGGCGCAAAGGCAAUGAUCAUAGUUCUCUAAAGGGUGCGAAGGCAUCGAGAACCAUUGGAGGAAAUGAGCUAAGUAAGUUUAGUGAUACACCUGGCGAUGCUUCGUUGGAUGAUCUAUUUCAGCCAAUUGAUAAGAGUGAUGAUCGGUCAGCUGAAGCUUCUACAUCUGCUUCCUCGUUACAUUUAAAUCAAGGCAACACAUUUACUACCGAUAGCGGGAAGGCCGACCUGGCAACCCAAUUAAGAGCUACAAUUGCUCAAAAACAAAUGGAGAAUGAACCAGGACAGUCUAAUGGUGGAGAUAUACUUCAUCUAAUGAUGGGUGUCUUAAAGGAGGAUGUGAUUGGUAUUGACGGUCUGGGCUUUGAUGAUAAGCUACCCACAGACAAUCUCUUCCACCUUCAGGCUGUUGAAUUUGGCAAACUAGUGUCACAAUUGAGACCAGAUGAAUCAGAAGAUGUGAUAGUGUCCUCCUGCCACAAGUUAACAGUUUUUUUUCAACACCGCCCUGAGCAGAAACUUGUAUUUAUGACCCAACAUGGCUUGCUUCCUCUUCUGGAACUGCUCGAAAUUCCUAGGACAAGAGUGCAGGUUAUUUGCUCUGUUCUCCAGGUUUUAAAUCAAAUUAUCAAGGAUAACACUGACUUUCAGGAAAAUGCUUGUCUCGUUGGCCUUGUUCCUGUUGUUAUGGGAUUUGCAGUGCCUGAUAGAACAAGAGAGGUUCGUAUGGAAGCAGCCUACUUUUUGCAGCAACUUUGCCAGUCAAGUUCACUGACGCUGCAAAUGUUUAUAGCUUGCCGAGGGAUUCCUGUUCUCGUGGGAUUUCUUGAGGCUGAUUAUGCAAAAUACAGGGAAAUGGUCCAUCUAGCUAUUGAUGGCAUGUGGCAGGUAUUCAAGCUUCAGAGAUCAACUCUUAGGAAUGAUUUUUGUCGAAUAGCGGCAAAAAACGGAAUAUUACUCAGGCUCAUCAAUACUCUUUAUAGCUUAAAUGAGGCAACAAGACUAGCUUCCAUAUCUGGUGGAGGUGGAUUUUCAAUGGAUGGUUUAGCCAUGCGUUCCCGUUCUGGCCCACUGGAUCCAAGUAACAAUGCCUUUAUUCAGAGUGAGAAUUCAGCUAAUGGUUUGGAUUAUCCUGUCAAACAUGCUGUAACAGAUCAUACUUUUACACCUGGACCCCAAGAAUCGUCUAGAAUUUCAACUUCUCAGUCACCCGAUUCAAGAUUUUUUACAUUAGAAUCGGAUAAACAUCACUUGAGUAACCCUAGUGCUGAAGCUCCAGUUACUGCAAGAUCACCAGAUUCAACAUCAAUGGAUAGAGUCAAGGAUAAUUCUUCAGAGAGAGAUAAGACUGAUGCUUCACAAGAAGCAGAACCUAGACAACGACUUUCUAAUUUUGGAAGGUUGUCUACUGAUAAGCCCAGAAAAUCUAUGGAUGCGGUAUCAAAUGGGUAUCAUGCAGCGGUUCAGCAAGAAAAUGUUCGGCCUCUGUUAAGUUUGUUGGAUAAAGAACCGCCUUCACGACAUUUUUCAGGACAGCUCGAGUAUGUACGUCAUCUUACAGGCUUGGAGAAACAUGAAAGUAUACUGCCUCUUCUGCAUUCAUCGAAUGAGAAAAAGACCAAUGGCCUCGAUUUCUUGAUGGCUGAAUUUGCUGAGGCUUCUAGUCGUGGAAGAGAAAAUGCCAACACUGAGGCAUUGCCAAGGACAUCACAUAAAGUACCUACUAAAAAAACUGGGGUGGUGGGAUCCAAUGAGGGAGGGGCUUCUACGUCAGGACUUGCAUCUCAGACAGCAUCAGGUGUACUCUCGGGUUCUGGAGUUCUUAAUGCUAGACCGGGGAGUGCAACAUCAUCAGGACUCCUGUCCCACAUGGUAUCGCCUUGGAAUGCUGAUAUAGCUCGGGAAUAUCUGGAAAAAGUGGCAGAUCUUCUACUUGAGUUUGCAGGUGCAGACUCUACAGUGAAGUCCUACAUGUGUAGCCAAAGUUUGUUUAGCCGUCUCUUUCAGAUGUUCAAUAAAAUAGAACCUCCUAUCUUGUUGAAGCUGUUAAAAUGCAUCAAUCAUUUGUCAACCGAUCCACACUGUCUAGAGCAUCUACAAAGAGCUGAUGCCAUCAAGCAUCUUAUUCCUAACCUUGACCUCAAAGAUGGUCCGCUUGUGUCUCAAAUUCAUCAUGAGGUCCUCAAUGCACUAUUCAACUUAUGCAAGAUAAAUAAGAGGAGACAAGAACAAGCAGCGGAAAAUGGAAUCAUUCCACACUUGAUGCGUUUUAUUAUGUCAGAUUCUCCACUACGACAAUAUGCAUUGCCUUUGUUAUGCGAUAUGGCACAUGCGUCACGUAAUUCAAGGGAGCAAUUAAGAGCACAUGGUGGAAUGGACGUGUACUUGAGUCUACUUGAAGACCAACUUUGGUCGGUAACGGCAUUAGAUUCGAUUGCUGUUUGUUUGGCACAUGACAACGAUAACAAGAAAGUGGAGCAAGCAUUGCUAAAAAAGGAUGCAGUUCAGAAGUUGGUCAAAUUCUUUCAGUGCUGUCCUGAACAGUUUUUCCUGCAUAUAUUAGAGCCUUUCUUGAAGAUUAUAACGAAAUCAUCUCGAAUUAAUACUACAUUGGCUGUUAAUGGGUUGACACCAUUGCUCAUAUCAAGGCUUGAUCAUCAGGAUGCUAUAGCUCGUCUCAACCUGCUCAAACUUAUAAAGGCUGUAUACGAGCAUCACCCCCGUCCGAAACAACUAAUCGUGGAGAAUGACUUGCCCCAAAAACUCCAAAAUUUAAUUGAAGAGCGCAGAGACGGUCAGAGCUCUGGCGGUCAAGUUCUGGUGAAGCAGAUGGCGACAUCGUUGCUUAAAGCACUUCAUAUCAACACCGUAUUAUGAUGCAGCUGGUCGUUCAUCCUUUUUCUUCCAUUGCACAUGUAAAUAUAAUUUUUGGUGUGUGAUGUAAUUAUUUUGCCAUUCAUUUUAUGAAAUCACAUUAUUGCCUGA